AUUUCGGUCAAAACACCAGCGGAUUUACUGAACUCUGAACGUGUAUGUGGCGGGAAUAGUGACAGUUCUGUGUGAGCCAUACAAAAUGGCGGAUUGCGUGCAUAUGUGCUUUUUAAGUUUCCAGAUAGAGUGAGACAAGACUAUCAAGAUGGUGCACCCCGGCAAGACUCGGAGUACUCACCACUCCGUCAGGUUUACCGGCGAUGACAUGCCCAAAUAUAAACCUAUUGUCAGCGACUCAACGGAUUCCCCGAACUAUGUCAGCUCGGCGACGUACCCGGGGCAGGACUCGGGGGCUCCGAGUCCUGAUGCCUGCAGCUUCCAACCAGCCGCGCAGAGAUACCGCAUCAAUGAGCAGCGCAUCAAGCUCCUGACUUCCAUCAACCAGAUAGUCCAGCAGCGAGCAGACUUGGAGUCUAACCGCGUGACACUGUCCAACCUGCUGGACGAGCUGCGGAGGAAACUGAAGCGGCGGAUAGACGAGUGCCACUUCGAGAAGAAGGAGAGGAUGAAGGCACUAAAACAAGCAAACCAGCGUCUUGAAAAGGAGAAGUUCAAUAUCGUUGCGGAGAUAGAACACCUGAAGAGACACUUGGACAAGGAGGAAGCUCAUCAUAUGCAACACGCCAGGUCUGCUGUCGCUCAGGCUAUCCAAGGCGUGGUGACGAAGUGUCCGGUCCCCGACAGCUUCUUCACGCCAUGCUCGAUGGCAGACCUCCCCAGUGCGGUCAGUAGGAGUGUUGCUAAAAACGCACCGUCUAGGAACGCUGACAACAAGCUGGCGGCUGCUCGUCUGAUGCGCGAUAUAGCUGAGCUGAGACAGCGGGUGGCGCAGGUGGAGGCACGGCUUGCGAACGAGUUGAGGCGUAAGAGACAGGCUGAGCUCGACAUUAUUCGCCUGAGGAAGGAGCUCUCCAGCACCAAGAGUUACGUGGCUUCACUGCGCAUGCCGCCGCCGCCGCUACGCAAGCAGUGCUCCAAGUUCGCUUAGACGAUUUAUAAAUGCU